AAUGAACGGUAAAACAUCCCCAGCAGCUGAUUCAAGGACGGCCGCGGCAGCAGGGUUGAAUCCUCUGGACGCAGCCAGCUUCCUGUCCUUCAGCACCAUGUCCUGGAUGACUCCGGUUAUGUGGUCCAUGUUCAGGAAGCAGCUGGACCCGAGCACGCUCAGUCCGUCUCCUCUAGAUGGAGCCGACGUCAACGGAGACAGGCUGCAGAAGCUGUGGGAACAGGAAGUGUGUGCGGUCGGCCUGCAGAAAGCGUCUCUGAUUCGAGUGUUGCUUCGUUUCCAGAGAAACCGGCUGUUGCUGGUCGUCGCCAUCACCUUUGUCUUCAUGGUGGCGCUGUUCUGCUCUUCAGGAGUCCUGGUCCGUGAGAUCAUCCUCUACAUCCUCAAACCGGAGUCAUUCUCAGUUUGGGGGGGCCUGGGCCUAUGUUUGGGUCUGGCCUUUAUGGAGCUCUUAAGGAUCAGCUCUAAGACUCUGUUUUGGGCUAUCGGCAUACGGACAGGAAUCAGGAUGAAAACUGGUUUCUGCAUGCUGGGCUUCCGCAAGAUCAUCACUCUGAGGACGCACAGCGAAGUCUCUGUGGGACAGAUGGUGAAUGUUUUGACCAGCGACAGCUACAAGCUGUUUGAAGCCGUCCAUUGGUGCCCGAUUGUGCUGCCCUCACCCCUCCUGUUGAUCAUGUGCGCCGUUUACUCCUGCCACAUCCUCGACUACACUGCUCUCAUCGGCAUCUUCAUCUUUCUCAUCUUCAUGGUCCUCCAGUUUGUGUCUGCCAGGCUCAUUAAUCAGUUCCAGAAAAAGGCUGGGGAGAUCACAGACAGCCGAGUCCGCUCCAUCAACGAGGUCCUCAGCUGCAUCAAACUCAUCAAGAUGUAUGUGUGGGAGGAGUCCUUCUACAGGAAUGUCACAGACAUUAGGACGUUAGAGAGGAGGAUAUUGGAUAAAGCUGCUCUGAUCCAGAACUUCAGUGCGACCAUCAGCCCUCUCGUCCCGAUCAUCGCCAUCAUGGUCACCUACACCGUUCACACCUGGCUGGGUUUACCUCUCAGCACCAGCACCGCUUUUCCUUUCGUCACCCUCCUGAACAGCAUGAGGUUUAUUCUGUCAUCGUUGCCCCCUUGUGUCGGUUUCCUUGCUGAAGCUGCUGUGUCUGUGGCUCGCCUAAAGAGGUUACUGCUGACAGAGAAUACAGAGCCGUACAUCAGCCACAGCACCAGAACCCCAUUAGCGGUCGUCGUCAUGGAGAACGCCACGCUGUCCUGGACCAAGCCACUCCACCCCCCCGACACAGAGGACAGGGACAACCUGGUGUCCGAAGCCAGAGCUGCUGAAGGGAUGCCCGUCCUGAGGAACGUCUCCUUCACUCUGCACAAGGGCAGACUGCUUGCUGUGUGUGGUGCUGUUGGCAACGGGAAGACGUCACUGAUCUGCAGUCUGUUAGAACAGCUGAACCUGCAGCAGGGAUCGGUCUCGGUGCAGGGAUCAAUUGCUUAUGCUGCUCAGCAGGCCUGGAUCUUCUAUGGGACAGUGCGGGACAACAUCCUGAUGGGGGAACCUCUGGACCACUCCAGGUACAACCGAGUCCUGAGCUGCUGCUGCCUGGAGGACGACCUCAAAAUCCUGCCGCACGGUGAUCAGACACUGUUAGGAGAGGAGGGGGUGAACCUGUCGGGGGGGCAGAAACAGAGGGUGAGUCUGGCCCGAGCCGUCUACUCCAACCGAGACAUCUACCUGCUGGACGACCCACUGUCCGCCGUCGAUGCUCACGUUGGAAAACACAUCUUCGAGCAAUGCAUCAAGAAAGAGCUGCUGGGGAAGUCCAUCAUACUGGUUACUCACCAGUUACAGUACCUGGAGUUCUGUGAUGAGGUUAUGGUUCUGAAGGACGGGGCGGUCCUGGAAACAGGAAGUCACGUGGAGCUGAUGAAGGCGAAGGGACACUACGCUGACAUCAUCACCACACACCUGGCCGAGCCAGCCGCUAUAGAGCUCAUCAGUGUGGUUCCUGAACCCCAGAAAGAGGAAGUUAAUGGUCAUACGAAAGGAGGAAUAGUCAAUCCAGCCUUCGACAUGUCGGAUGAGAACACAGACGCACUUUCAUCCACCUGCAAACGUAACAAAAUUAAAAGAAAUGUUGAGUUUUCUGAAAUGUUCUGUUCUCUGUGUGAAGCUGCUGAUCAGAAGAGCGAAGCAAGUUUGAUCACCUGGAAAAACUUUCAGCAGUACUGUCACGCAGCCGGAGGACUCUGUGUGAGCUUCUUCACUCUCCUCAGCUUCAUGGUGCUAACAGUUAACGGGUCAUUAGGCUACUGGGGCCUCAGCUACUGGCUGCAGCAGGGAGACGGGACUGCCAACGUGACAUCUUCAGAGCGGGAAAAUGUCUCUCUGAACCCCGACCUGCACUUCUACCACCUCGUAUGUGCUGCGAUGUUGGGCAGUCUGCUGAUCAUCUACUUCAUCAAAUGUUUCUGCUUUGUCAGAGUCACGCUUAACGCCGCCACCACGCUGCACAACAAGCUGCUCAGCAACAUCUUAGCGAAACAGAUGAGCUUCUUUGACACGACUCCAACCGGCCGCAUCCUCAACUGUUUCUCCAUGUGUCAGAACGAGGUGGACUCUGCGGUGCCUUUUUAUCUCAACAACGAGCUCAUGUUCUCUCUGAUGGCCAUCUCCAGUUUGAUCAUCUCUGCAGUCACCUUCCCGUACAUGCUGCUGCCAGGGUGCAUCCUGGUGAUGGUGUUACUUCUCAUUUGCAGCCUGUUCCUGAGAAACGUCUGUACGUUGAAGAAGAUGGAGGACAUCAGUCGCUCUCCCUGCAUCUCUCUGUGCACCUCCAUCGUUAAAGGCCUUGGCACCAUUCGUGCCUACGACAAGACGCACAACUACACAGAGCGGUUUAAGAGCCUUUCUGACAUCAACGCUAACCACUUCUUACUGUUUAACUACGGCCUAUUUUGGAUCUCCAACAUAAUGACUACUCUGUAUGUCAUCAUGACGCUGAUAGUCGCUCUGCUGGUCGUCUUCAUCUCCAAUGAUGUCUGCAGCCCCCCCUUAAAAGCCCUCUCUCUGAAUUUCAUCUUACAGCUGUCGGCAAACUCUCAGUAUUUGAUCAUGUCCCUGAUUUCGGUUGAAGCGAGGUUCAUCUCUGUGGAGCGCCUGCUCGAGUACAUCACGGGCUCGGAGGAGUUGGAGGGGCAGCUGAAGGUGGAUCCGGUCUCAGAGGACUGGCCUCAGCACGGAGUCAUCACCUUCCUGGACUUUAAGAUGCGCUACAGACAGAACUUACCUAUUGUCCUUAAUGGGCUGCAGCUCCACAUCAGAGCCGGGGAGAAGAUUGGCAUUGUGGGAAGGACUGGCUCCGGGAAGUCGUCUCUGGCUGUGGCUUUGUUCCGGCUGGUUGAACCGACUGCAGGAAGCAUCCUGAUAGACGGAGUGGACAUCACAUCCAUCAGCCUGUCUGACCUGCGCACAAAACUGUCCAUCAUCCCCCAGGACCCCACGCUGUUCACCGGGACUGUCAGGUACAACCUGGACCCUUUCAACAGACACAGUGAUGAGGAGAUCUGGGCAGCGCUGGAAAAGACCUACAUGAAGGACGCAAUUUGUGGUCUGGAGAGGAAGCUGCAGGCCGAGCUGGUGGACAAUGGAGGAAACUUUUCUGUAGGACAGAGACAGCUGAUCAGUCUGAGCAGAGCACUGCUACGAAACUCCAAGAUCAUCCUAUUGGACGAGGCGACAGCGUCUAUCGAUGCAGAGACCGACGCUCUGAUCCAGAUCACCAUCAGAGAGGCGUUCAGGGACAGCACGGUGCUCACCAUCGCUCACCGCAUCCACACGGUGCUGCAGGCCGACCGCAUCCUCGUCCUUAACCACGGACAGGUCGCGGAGUUUGAUCAUCCAGAUGUGUUGAAACAAAGACCAGACUCGCUGUUUGCCUCUCUUCUAGCGGCUUCCAACACUGUGGCGUCCUAAUGUCCUUAAACGCACCACAGUGACCUCAGACGACUUUAGGCAGUUGAAAUCAUGAAAGUUUCUGCAGCGUUGAAAAGCCUCACCAAUGUUAACAAGGUUCUUCCUCCUUUCUUCUUCUGGGACAUGAACACCCGUUUCCUGGGUGAAGGUCUGUU